GAUACCAUUGACGUAUAUUUCUCGUAUACGAUACGCUUGUCAACGGUCUGUUUUGCUCCAAAGUUCGACUGAGAGUCUCCGUAAGGCCAUCAAUCAUAGUAUACGAUCGGGCAAUGCCAGACAGAAACAAAGAUGAUCUGAAAUCUUUCCUCAGUCUUAACGCAUCUUUCUCUUACCGAUUUGUCCCCUGAAUAUCUGUCUUUUCCUCCUGCUGCCAACCCCACUGCAAAAGAUAUUAGCGAUCACACGUAUUUGUUUAGGAUCAUAGCUAACAGUGUCAUGGAGAAGAAGCCGUUUUUUUUUCCAUGCAAGCGAAUCUUUGGGAAAGGAAAGGAAACGGGUGUUCUCUCUCUCUCUUCGCGCGCAGGAUGCUUGAUACGUGAGCACCUACCCAGCUGUCCAGAUGAACUGUGUGAGGUGUGUAGUCUCUCUAUUUACUGGGGUAUCGGGGGGGGCUUUUUGGUGACAGGGCGCGAGAAACGGGGGUUUCGAGGCCGUACUUGGUUUGGUUCCUUUUUCGCCCAAUAUAUCACACACAACUGCGUGGGAGGAUGGCUUCGAGUUGCACGGUUUAAGAACCCAUCUAUGCACUUAGUGGAUUUGCAUCCAGGUUUGUUCUAAUAUUCCCCCCCCCGGAUUGAAUGUGAAAAUGCUUGCUUUGGGCCAC